GGCCCAUCAUGUGACUUCAGAACAAACAGCAACAUGGCGAGGGAGGUUGUGGUUGUCUUAGCCCUCGUGUGUCUAUCGUGUUUUGCAACUGCGUUUGAAUGGAAAAGGAAAGGAUUUGUAGAGUUUAUGGAGAUAGAGGAAGCUGAAGUCCCUAAAAAGACACAUAAAUAUUGUUUUCAUCCCAAGUUCAACCAAGGAAUCAAGAACGUGAAGACCUACCCUCGUCCUCAUGAGUACAUGGACAUGGCCUCCCUGCCCGAGGCUCUGGACUGGAGGAACGUGAACGGCACCAACUACUGCAGCACCACCCGGAACCAGCACAUCCCACAGUACUGUGGUUCCUGUUGGGCCAUGGGUUCUACUAGUGCUCUGGCCGACCGCAUCAACAUCAAGAGGAAGGGUGCUUGGCCAUCCACCUACCUGUCGGUACAGAACGUUAUCGACUGUGGCAAUGCAGGCUCUUGCGAGGGUGGCGGGGACCUGGGGGUGUACAGCUACGCCAACAAGAAUGGUAUUCCUGAUGAGACUUGCAACAACUACCAAGCCAAGGACCAGAAAUGUGUGACGUUCAACCAGUGUGGAACCUGCACAACAUUCGGGGUGUGUGCCAACAUUCAGAACUAUACCCGCUAUAAGGUUGGCGACUUCGGCAGUGUCAAGGGCAGGGAAAAUAUGAUGGCCGAGAUAUCCAAGAAUGGACCCAUCAGCUGUUCCAUCAUGGCCACCGACAGCCUGGAGAAGUAUACUGGGGGAAUAUUCAAAGAGUUUCAUCUUAUGAACAUGCCUAACCAUGUGAUCUCGGUAGCUGGAUGGGGUGUUGAUAAAGCAUCAGGCCUGGAGUACUGGAUUGUCCGCAACUCCUGGGGAGAGCCAUGGGGUGAGCAUGGCUGGUACCGUACAGUGACCAGCAAGUACAAGAAUGGAGAGGGCAAACACUACAAUCUUGGUAUAGAAGACGGAUGUGCCUACGGUGACGUCAUCGUGGCCUGAACAUCAUUCCCGUUGUGUUCAUACAGCCGCAGUACUUGCUAGAAACUAUUUUACACCUAUGUUUUAAGAUGUUUUUGUAACUAUUCCACAUUGUCUUACUAUCACAUUUUUAUUGAAGAUUUUUUAGACGGCAUUCCUGAAUAUUUGAAAUCUGCUGUGAUAUUAAAGGUUUACCAGUUU